CAAAAUCGACGACGCCCUUUUGCAGUCAUCGUCGAAUCCUCCAUCGUCGAAUCCAAUCGAUCAAUCUCGUUGUUAUUCUUCUUCUGUUAUUCAAAGUGAGCUUUACCCUUCUCUUUUUCUUCUUUUCACAUCUUAAUUCAUCAAGUCUUGUGUUGUUAUGUUUGUAUUUUAGAGAUUUCAAUUAGAUUUGAUAGGUUUGAAAUUGGUGUUAAAAUUAAUGGAGAUUAUGUUGGUAACGAUGUAUUCUGGGUCGAUUAAGACAUUUGAAUGUACGAUUAGUGUUUUGGGUCCGAGAAUCAAUUUGAUAGAACAUAAAAAUCCGGGUAUAAGUGAGAAACGUGGUAUAACUCUUUCAAGUGAAUUCAAGAAACUAGACACCCAUCAGUUGGAGAACGUCGCCAAAGGAAAAGCGUGUGAAAGAAAGAAACUUAGAGAGCUGAUUUCUUCCAAAUCGCGAAAGUGA